AUGAAAGCAUCAAUAAAAAUAAUGUCAACAGGAUCAGGUCACACAGAUUCUUCAGUAAUGAUUACAAAUGGUAAUCAAAAGUAUUGUUUUAAUAUGGGUAAUGGUAUUCAUAGACAAUCAUUGGGAUCAAGUCAUUCUAAACCAGCUGAUUCAGAUAUACUAUUCUUAACUCAUUUAGAUCCUUCAACUGAAACUGAUUUUUUAAAUUAUGUAUUACGUAAUAAAGGUGAUUUAUCAAUUAUUGGACCAAAUGGGUUAACAUCAAAUUUAAUGUCAUAUAGAUAUUUUUUGAGUAAAAGAUAUAAAACAUUCUGUAUUACAGAAUGUAGUGAUGAUGAAUCAUUUCAUUUAUCAGAUGGUCAUUUAUCAGUUUAUCCAGUUGUAAUUAAAAGUUCAAUUGAUAAUUCAUCAUCAUCAACAUCAUCAACAUCAUCAUCAUCAUCUUGUUCAUCAUCUUCACCAAAUGUAACAAUGAAAACAGUAGAAUCAUUACCAUUUACAUUUAAUAAAUCAUUUGGAGCUAUUGAAAGACCAUCAAAUAAUAAUUCGAUGAAAGUUGCAAUUGGAUCAUCAAAAUCAUUUUAUGAUUGGACAAUAUUACGUGGUGGUAUUAUUCAUUCAAGCACUGGAUCAGAAUUUACAAUGAGUGAAAUUGAACAAUACGCUUCUUAUAAAUUAUUAAAAGAGGAUAUUAAAGCAGGUACAACUAAAAUUUCUAGUAAACAAGAAUUAUUUCAAUUUAAACCAAAAAAUUCAAAAUUAAUUAAAAAGUUUUUAUCUGAUAAUUCAGAUUCAAAUUAUUGUUUAGAUGAAAAUGAUAAUAAUAAUAAUAAUAAUAAAUUAAUUUCAAGUGAAAAAGAAUUUUGGUGUAUGGAAAGUAGACAUUUUAGAUUAAUUACAAGAUUAACUAAAUCAUUAAGAUUAACCAAUAAAGAGAAACGUGAUAUGGUUAGAAAGAGAAUGAACAUUUAUUUAAAGGAUCCAAUUUAUGGGCCUAUAAAUUCACAUAAUGUAACAUUCCCAAAAUCACAAAGAUCUUCUGAUGUAAUUUGCUAUAUUUGUCAUCUACCUGAUAUUAUUGGUAAAUUUUCAAUUGAGAAAGCAAAUGAACUUGGUAUAGUCGGUAUUGGAAGAUCGAAGCUUUGUAAAGGUGAAUCAGUGUUCAGUGAGAAAGUAGGCAGAGUCGUGACACCCCAAGAGGUGUUAUCACCCUCCACCAUAGGUCCUGCAAUGAUAAUUAUAGCAUGUCCAAGUAUUGAUUAUUUAGAAUCCAUAAUUAAUAACCAACAAAUUCUAUCCUAUAGUGGGAAUGGUAAUCCAAUUAGAAGUGGUUGUAUAGUUCAUAUGGUGCCUGAGGAGAUAUUCUCAUCGAAAGAGUAUUGUGAAUUUGUUAUGAAAUUUUCAAAUGAAAAAUGGCAACAUAUCAUUUUAAAUAAAAGUUGUGCAUAUCAUGAACUAAUUCAAUUAUCUGGUCAAUUAGUUAACGGGUUGAAUAAAGUUUCACCAACAUUCUAUCCAAAACUGUAUCCACCUUGCAAUAGUUUACCAUUACCUGAAACAAUCUCAUCAAUGCCAAAUAUUCAAAGGGGUAGAUUCCAUCAAACUAUAAUUAUGAACCCUUUAUCACCUUUAGGUCAUCCAUUAUUUGAUAAUUCUGCAUGCAUUGAAAAUCAAGAUAUCGAUUACACUUUUGAAAUGAAAUCACCAUCACCACCAUCAUCACCUUUAAAAUCUCUUGAUUUAAAUUCAACAACAACAACAACAUCAACAUCGCCAACAUCACCAUCAUCACCAUCACCAUCAUCAACAUCAUCAAAAUCAAUUAUUAAUAAUAAAAGAAAAUCAUUAAUUAGUUCAUCAAGAAAUGAAUUUAUUAAAAGUCAAAAUAAAUUAAUUAAAAGUUUAAGUGAUAGAGAAUUGGAGAUUGUUUUCUUGGGUACUGGUUGCUCACAAACUUCAUUAUUUAGAUCAGAAACUUGUAUACUUUUAAAUCUAUUUGAUAAAGGUUCAAUAUUAUUUGAUACAGGUGGUGGUGCCUAUUCACAAUUAUUUAGAAAAUAUGGUGAUCAAAAAACCAAAGAAAUCUUAUCAACUUUAAAAUUCAUUUUCAUUUCACAUUUACAUGCUGAUCAUCAUCAAGAUCUUCAAAAACUUUUACAAGUUAGACAUUUAGCAAUGGAUGAAUUUUAUAUACCAUUUGAAAAACGUUCCUUAGUAAUUUUAUCACCACCAGGUGCAAAUUUAUAUAUAAGAGAUUUAGAAAAAUCUUUUACAUUAUAUAAUGGUAAUAAUAAUAAUAAUAAUGGAUUUAAAGGUAUUUGGAAAUAUGUUCAAUUUUUUAAUUUUUCAAAUUAUCAACAAGAUUCAAUAUUUAGUCAAUUUUUAAAGAAAGAAUUGGGUAUUGUUAAAUGUAUUGCUGUAUCAGUGAUUCAUUCAUUUGGUGCUCAUGGUAUUAUGAUUGAGAGUGAAAAUGGUUGGAAAGUUUCAUAUUCUGGUGAUACUUCUUACUGUAGUGAAUUUGUUGAAUUGGCUGACAAUAGUACUAUAGUUAUUCAUGAAGCAACUUUUCAUGAUUGUCAGCAAGAUAAAGCAAAUCAAAAAAGACAUUGUACAUUUAAAGAUGCAAUCAAAGCUUUUAAUCAAUCAAAUUCUCAUUCUACAAUUUUAACUCAUUUCUCUCAACGUUAUCCAAAUGUUAAAGCAAGUUUACCAAUGAAAGAUGAAGAUGAUGAUGAUUUUAAUCAAAAUGUUUCUUAUGCUUUUGAUUUCUUGACUGUAAAUAUUAAAGAUUUAAAUCUUUUACCAAAUGCAUUAAAUAAUUUAAAAAUUAAUGAAGCUGAAAAUGAAGAAGUUGAGGAUUUUGAUGAAUAA